AUGCGCAUACUGAUCUGGCUGUUGAUAUUGUUUCUGAUCUGUGGAUCGAAAACAAACGUUGAAGAGUGCCGAAAUCAGAAUCUUUGCGAAAACGGAGGGACGUGUUUGUUAAGCGCCGAUCUACCGGUUGGCAGGAAAUGUGAAGAUGAUGAGGUCUACCACAUGGAUUACUGCUAUUCGUUUAACGAGCAGCCUAUGCGAUGGAGUGAGGCAGCAAUAUAUUGCGAGGAUAGAGGUAGAACGCUAUCGUUGACUGAAACCAACGAUGACCAGACUUUUUACGCAGGAUAUAUCCAAGGAAUGAUAUCAGCGACACAAGCAUGGAGACCUGAUGUGACUGGCGUGUGGACCUCAGUGCGUUCUGUUCCAAACGGAUCUGAGCCUGCAUGGGUGGCGUUUCCUGGAUCCUAUGUAGUGAAUCGACAGUAUUGGCAGCCAGGAGAGCCGAAUAUUUAUCCAAACUAUGAUGACGUCUGUGUCUCUUUGCAACAAGAGACAAUGUAUCGAAGCUGGAUGUCACAGUCAUGCAGUGCCCUGAAUUACGUCGUAUGUAAGAGGAAAGCCGUUGAUCAAGUAUCCUCUAAAAGUCGAGCGGCACAAUGCAUCUGCAGCACAGGAUACGUUGGACUUAGAUGUGAACAGCGCAGUGGUGAAGGCUCUCCCCAGAACGUCUCGUGCGCAUCGGUGCCGUUCGAGUUUGCGUGCCGUAAUGGAGGCACAAUUCACGUGGAAUAUGCAUCAUAUGGAGCUGUUGAGGGAUAUGCUUGCUCAAGGAACAUGUUGACGGUAACGCAGACUUGCGUUCAUCCAAACUCAUUGAAAACUAUCACUAACAAGUGUGAGGGCCUUAAUUACUGCAAUAUCCAGAAAUUGACAGAAGUGUUUCCCGAGACUCCAUGCCCUGUACAGGACGAGCUGUACCUCCACUAUCGUUUCACAUGCCCGGAAGAAAAUCAUUCCGUAUGCCCCUCUGGUGCCUUUUAUAUGUCUGGCCGAUGUUUCGUCAUAAAUACGAAGCGAAAACGUGUGUCGCAGUCAGCAGCGCAGCAGGCUUGUCGUAAGGAGGGUGGAUAUCUGGCAUCGAAUAUCGAUUCAUCUGUGGAUAGCGAACUUUCAAGACAAGUUGUUCGUCAAAGCAAAGAAGAUGACGCUUUUUGGAUCGACUUAAAAGUCAACGGGGAAGGCUAUCCUGUGUGGAGUGAUGGGAGCAAUCUCCUGUACAGAAACAAGGCCAUUCAACAUUCCAUGUUUGCUAUUUGCCUCGAUUAA